AUGUGGAUGUGGCUAUCUUGCAGUUCAUUUUUCCAACAAUUUUUCCAUUGUUACUGUCCAGUAAAAUUUGGUAGGAAAGCGGACCCCAAUGGAGAUUAUAUCAGACGAUAUUUACCGAUUCUUAAAAACUUCCCUACGCGUUACAUCCAUGAGCCCUGGAUAGCACCUCUGAGUAUUCAGCGUGCGGCAAAGUGCAUCGUUGGACGACAUUAUCCAUUACCAAUGGUGAACCACGGCCAAAGUUCAAGGACCAACAUUGAAAGAAUGAAACAAGUUUAUCAACAGCUGGUCAAGUACCGGAGUGACGCGCACUACACAUGUUUCGCACAGCUUCAAUCGCUGCCUCCGGAGUCCUCAGGAAUUCGUAACAAUGCCUCUGGAUGACCGUGUUCACAUAACACUUAGGAGACUAUGAAUAUUACUUGGACCAUUACAGGAACUGAAGUGGACUAUACUGACCGCCGAAAGUAGGAUAAGAGAUCGCCGUAAUUGAGUGAAAUGGAUCUGGAUUGCAUAUUAUCAAAUAAAUUCUACUACUCAACACCGUAUGCCAUUGGUGCAACUCUCUAUCAGUUGACUCAGUUAUUAGAUGCUCUCUGCGAUUCUUCACGU